AGAAUUCCUUCCAAUUUGAAAGUCCAAAAUGAUCCGAGGGAGCGGAAAGAGAGGGAUUCGAACCCUCGGUACAAAAAAAUUGUACAACGGAUUAGCAAUCCGCCGCUUUAGUCCACUCAGCCAUCUCUCCCUGUUCCAAAUCAAAAGGUUUACGUGAUAUGAUAGAGACAAGAAAUAAGGAUUGCAAAAACCCUUUUUUUUUCUUUCAAAAGUAUAUAAAAAUUAUAUUGCCAAUUCCAUUUUAGUUCUAUUCUUUUUUCUUAAUGUUAAUAAAAAAAUAAGAAAAUUCUUGUUUUUUCUUUCUAAAAACCAAUAUCGGCCGAGAGACAAUCAGAUAGAUUUUCUCUUUAGCGGGCAUUUCCCUAUAAGACUUGUUAUAAUAAAACAAGCAGGUUAUAUAUAAAAAAAGAAAAAACGCUUUUUUGUCGAUUGUCAAUUAUUUAUCAAGAAAGCAAAAAGGGUUCUUAUCAAACCCAACAUAAAAUUGGAAAGAACCAUAAAGUAAGUAGAUCUGACUCCUUGAAUAAUGCCUCUAUCCGCUAUUCUGAUAUAUAAAUUCGAUGUGGAUCAAAUUGUAUAAGCGAAUUUUUUUUAUUUCCUUAGACUUAUACCGCGCAAGACAAGAAUUUUUUUAUUUACGAUUUUAUAUUCUUGUUACUAGAUGUUCUAUAGGAAUAAGAAGAAAUCGCAACUCCUUUCCGCUACACAUAAAAAUAGAUUUCGAAAGUCCUUUUUUUUUUUAGAAUCCUCCUUUUCUGUUCUUCCACCCAUGAAAUAGAGAGGGAAUGAGAAUAUAGGGGUUACUUUUAUUUUCAUUUUUCCCUUAAAAGAUAGGCUUUCAAAUUUCAAAUAGGAGUCAUGGAAUAAUGCUGAAUUGAAAUGUUUAUUUCUAGAGUAUAAGAAAAACAAAUCGAAUAAAAUUCAUGGAUUUACCACGACCCCGGUUGUGCCUCCAUAGAUAAAAAUAAAAAAUUUAUAUCUUCGAGACCAUUGAAAAAGGGCAUUGAACGAGAAACAAAUCGUCCACAGAUAAUAAAACUAUCAUAUGCCUUGGAAGUGACGUGAGGUGCUCGGAAAUGGUUGAAGUAAUUGAAUAGGAGGAUCACUAUGACUAUAGCCCUUGGUAGAGUUCCUAAAGAAGAAAAUGAUCUAUUUGAUACUAUGGAUGACUGGUUACGAAGGGACCGUUUCGUUUUUGUAGGAUGGUCUGGCCUAUUGCUCUUUCCUUGUGCUUAUUUCGCUUUAGGGGUUGGUUUACAGGGACAACUUUUGUAACUUCUUGGUAUACCCAUGGAUUGGCUAGUUCCUAUUUGGAAGGUUGUAAUUUCUUAACCGCAGCAGUUUCUACCCCUGCCAAUAGUUUAGCACACUCUUUGUUGCUACUAUGGGGGCCGGAAGCACAAGGAGAUUUUACUCGUUGGUGUCAAUUAGGCGGUUUAUGGACGUUUGUAGCUCUCCACGGGGCUUUUGCACUAAUAGGUUUCAUGUUACGCCAAUUUGAACUUGCUCGGUCUGUUCAAUUGCGGCCUUAUAAUGCAAUCUCAUUCUCUGGUCCAAUCGCGGUUUUUGUUUCUGUAUUCCUUAUUUAUCCACUGGGGCAAUCUGGUUGGUUCUUUGCGCCGAGUUUUGGCGUAGCAGCAAUAUUUCGAUUCAUCCUUUUCUUCCAAGGAUUUCAUAAUUGGACGUUGAACCCAUUUCAUAUGAUGGGAGUUGCCGGAGUAUUAGGCGCGGCUCUGCUAUGCGCUAUUCAUGGAGCGACCGUAGAAAACACUCUAUUUGAGGACGGUGAUGGUGCAAAUACCUUCCGCGCUUUUAACCCAACUCAAGCUGAAGAAACUUAUUCAAUGGUCACGGCUAACCGCUUUUGGUCCCAAAUCUUUGGUGUUGCUUUUUCCAAUAAACGUUGGUUACAUUUCUUUAUGCUAUUUGUACCCGUCACCGGUUUAUGGAUGAGUGCUAUUGGCGUAGUAGGCCUGGCUCUGAACUUACGUGCCUAUGACUUUGUUUCCCAGGAAAUCCGUGCAGCGGAAGAUCCUGAAUUUGAGACUUUCUACACCAAAAAUAUUCUUUUAAACGAGGGUAUUCGUGCGUGGAUGGCAGCUCAGGAUCAGCCUCAUGAAAAUCUUAUAUUCCCUGAGGAGGUUCUACCACGUGGAAACGCUCUUUAAUGGAACUUUCAUUUUAGCUGGUCGUGACCAAGAAACCACCGGCUUUGCUUGGUGGGCUGGGAAUGCCAGACUUAUCAAUUUGUCCGGUAAGCUACUUGGAGCUCACGUAGCUCAUGCC